AUGCGCACCUUCUCUCUUUUAAGCAUCUUGUCUUGCUCUUCGCUACUCCUUGAUGGCGCUAUAGCUGUGGGCUCGGCUAACAAUGCCCAACCUGGGCUUGGAGGACAAUUCCCGAGUCCUGGAAGCGCCCGGGGCGCCGCCGCAGGGGUUCAGGUUGCCAACCAUCAUGACUUCAACCUUCCUGCGGCUGCAAGUGGGCAGUCGGGCAUGAAUGGAAAUGUGCUGACUCCGGCGAGCCCCAUGGGCGCAGCACAGGGGCAACAAAAUCCUGGAUAUAACGGCCCUAGGGCCCCUGAAAGAUUAUAUCAUGGGAGUAGGCACCCGCCACGAUAUAUUCGAUGCGAGCAAGGUGGUCUCAGAGUUGCGAAACAGCCUGAGCCCGGGAAGGCGCCAAUGACGUAUGACGAGCACGUCAACACCAACCUUCACUACAGAAUCAAGGGAACAGCCAAAACUGAAUUCAUAUCAGUCUCAGACAGUCCUGACGUUAUGAAGGCGUUAUUGAUUAAGAACUAUCCUUCAUUCUUUUAUACAUACAUUUACUACAUCGACGCAAAAGGAAUACAGGACGACUUCCAGAAUGUUGACGCACUUUAUGCAGCCGAUAAUAGGCCCAAUAAGUGGGGUAAAGGAGAGCAAGAGUGGAUAACGAGAAAAGACAUCCCUUGGUCAGCAAUUAGAGGUUGGGUCAAGGUGUACGCGAACGGGUGGCAUUCAGACCUUCAACCGAACCCAACCCGUUGGGACCCGAUACCACAGAAACCCGCUCGGUGCAAAUAA